UGGAGUUGGCGAACGGGCCUCCAAGUCAUUGUCACGCCGUGAGGUGUGAGUGCUUGGGCACCAGCUACCUACACAUCUGGGUGCAGCAACGCCUUUCCCUGCAGGGCGGAGGGGAGGCGGAGGACUCCGACGUGCACGCACUUCCUCCCUCUCUCGCGCGCGCUCGGCGCGGGCCCGUGAGCGUCGGUGUGUCUGUGUGUGUGCGCGCGCGCGCGCUCUGGUGUUGGUUGGAGCUGUGGCUCUGGGACCGGGUGAUGAGGGUGGGGGCCCAGGAAGAGAUAAUCUCCCCCGGCCUGGCCUCCGCGCGUCUCACUACGGGUUAAUAACAAACCAGGUACAGAGAGACCAGGGUGACCCGGCAGGGUGACAGUUCCUGCACGCCGGCUGCAUGUCUAACGGUCAGGUUACUAGCUACUCUCUGCCACACUGAAGGAUAUAUAUAUAUAUAUACACACACACACAUAUAUGUAUAUACGUAUGUAUGUAUAUAUAUAUAUAAUUUUUAUUGUUUGCAUCUAUCUCCUGAGAGCAAGGGCGGAAGAGAGGGCCGCACGCUCCAGCCGAGCGUCGCGGAUCUGAACGGGUCGAAGGAGGCAAUUUUGCGAGUGGGGGAGGGAGGGGGACCUUGAUUUCCACCAAUCCCCGGGCGUUUGUCUGCGGAGUCCGGGGCGCAGCGGAAGGCUGCGGCGCGCUGCUGAAUUAACUGAUGAGAUCGAAUUCUUUUCUUCUCCCGGAGAGGUGGGGAGCAAGGGUCCUGGCUGACGAGGCAGAGAAGCCCGAGGCAGGGUAGCGGUCCCGGGCCGCCGUGGAAAUUUCCAAGGACUUGUCGCGGCACGGAGAGCGCGUCUGGAGGGCGGGGGGGGGAGAGGGGAUGCCUGGCAGCGCGGGAGGCGGGGAGAGGCUGCGAAGGGCGCAGGAGCAUCUCUCAUAAGGGGACGGCGCGGACCAUGUCUGGGAGGAAGCCCAGCGGCUCCCCGGACACAAGAGAAGAACCACAGUGAUGCUGCAGAACCAGGGGGAGCGAUUCGCCGACGUCGCUCUCUGCGCUCGCGGAGACCCUCAAUGCCCGCCUUCUUCAGGGGAAGCGACCAUGGCCACAGCUUGUGACUUUGCCCCUAGCCACUUCCCUUAGGAAAAAAAUCCUUGAAAAAGUUGUAUUUAAAAAAUCCUUGCUCCGACCUUUGGAGCCGUGAGGGCUGAAGAAGCGUUUGUGCAAGUGCAAGCAAGAAAGUGGAAGGUGUGUGUGCAUGGGGGUCCCGCGGUGGGGGCGCCCUCCGCUGCCACUUCGCCUAGCGUCGUGCUGAGGCUCUGGUCUUCAUCCCCCCCUCACCCUGGGACCCUGGGGCUGCGAUGAGCCCCUGCGGGCGGGCCCGGCGACACACGUCCAGAGGGGCCAUGGCUGUACUGGCGUGCAAGUUCCCGCGGACCCGGCUGCCAGUGGGAGCCAGUGCCCUCUGUGUGGUGGUCCUCUGUUGGCUCUACAUCUUCCCCGUCUACCGGCUGCCCAACGAGAAGGAGAUCGUGCAGGGGGUGCUGCAACAGGGCACGGCGUGGAGGAAGAACCAGACAGCGGCCAGACUUUUCAGGAAACAGAUGGAAGACUGCUGUGACCCCGCCCAUCUCUUUGCUAUGACUAAAAUGAAUUCUCCCAUGGGGAAGAGCAUGUGGUAUGAUGGGGAGUUUUUAUACUCAUUCACCAUUGACAAUUCAACUUAUUCUCUCUUCCCCCAGGCAACCCCAUUCCAGCUGCCCUUGAAGAAAUGUGCGGUGGUGGGAAAUGGUGGGAUUCUGAAGAAGAGUGGCUGUGGCCGUCAAAUAGAUGAAGCAAAUUUUGUCAUGCGAUGCAAUCUUCCUCCCUUGUCAAGUGAAUACACUAAAGAUGUUGGGUCCAAAAGUCAUCUAGUGACAGCUAACCCCAGCAUAAUUCGGCAAAGACUCAUAAACUCAACUCCCAGCUUGGCUAACCUAGUUGGAUAUCUAAUGUUUCAGAACCUGCUGUGGUCCAGAAAGACAUUUGUGGACAACAUGAAAAUUUAUAACCACAGUUACAUCUACAUGCCUGCUUUCUCUAUGAAGACAGGAACAGAGCCAUCCCUCCGGGUCUAUUACACGCUGUCAGAUGUCGGUGCGAAUCAAACAGUGCUCUUUGCUAACCCCAACUUUCUGCGUAGCAUUGGGAAGUUCUGGAAAAGUAGGGGAAUUCAUGCCAAACGCCUGUCCACGGGGCUCUUUCUGGUGAGCGCAGCCCUGGGCCUCUGUGAGGAGGUGGCCAUCUAUGGCUUCUGGCCCUUCUCUGUGAAUAUGCAUGAGCAGCCCAUCAGCCACCACUACUAUGAUAAUGUCUUGCCCUUCUCUGGCUUUCAUGCCAUGCCGGAGGAGUUUCUCCAACUCUGGUAUCUUCAUAAAGUCGGUGCACUGAGAAUGCAGCUAGACCCGUGUGAGGACACCUCGCUCCAGCCCACCUCCUAGGGACAGUGGGAAAAGGAAAAACUAAGUCAGGGUAUUUUUGUUAGGUUUUCUACAUGACCGCAAAAGGAAAUGGUGAAGUCAUUUCAUGGAUUUGCAUGGGCCACUUGCAAACAACCACCACCAUCCAUGGGAAACUCUCCUUUUAAUGUUGGCUUGGAGGACAAAUAAGAAGUAAAAUGUCCUAUGAAAUAUUUUAUAGCACAUUGUGGAUUUGCAACUAGUAACAUUCUGAUGAAAUCACGCUGGUAAAGCACAUUUACAUGGUUUAAAUCAAGAAGGUGCAGUUCACAAAUAAGAUGGAACUCUAGUUGUUGAAGUUGAGGAGUUACUCAAGGUCCAUAAAGGAAAUACCAUGGCAAAGUGUUGCUGAUUAUCAUUACAAACUGGAUUCAUUUUAAAAAACUACAUAUGGAAACUAACAUUGGAACCAUAGAUUUUUAAAAAUUAUUAUUUAUUUUUGCUCUAUUUAGGGGCAGUGAGUAGAUGAUGAGAUAGAUUUUAAAAAAUCUAGGGAUAUAAAACACCGCAGCUGACUUUGUGAUUUGUUGAAUCAAGUCUAUGUUAGCUCUAGUCUCCUUCCAUUUAAAAAUAUUAAAUAAGAAUUGCUUCCUCCCCUUUUGUCAGGUCUACUUAGCGUGAAGCAUUGUUGAAUUUAGACUGCGUUGAUUCAUAGUCUCGAUAACAUGAAUCACUUCUCCUCCUCCUCAGAAUUUAGGGCAUAAAUUCAAUUUUAGGUCUGCAUUUUGUAAGCCAGUUUGAAUUAUUGGCAUUUUAGUGCAAAAAGACUACAAAUGUGAGUGCAUUAUUUAUUUGCAAACUAUUUGCAUAAUUGUCUUCAUAAUUUAAUGUUCCCAAUGGUAUAAACUUAGUCUCUGAAAGACAGGGUGGAAGGUUCCCCCCUUUUCUAUCUACCAUGAUGUAUUCACUUUGAGAGAAAGCAUAUUCACACACACACGCAAGCAUCCAUAUGUUCACACACACAUACACACACACACUCGAUUAAACAAAGCUCAUUCCUGUGCAACUAUGAAAGCUGAACCCACAUAACCUGGUAUUAAAAACAAACAAACCUGUAACCAGUGUUAGAGAGCUAUAAAUGUAUUAUGUACUACCCAUUACACCCCAAUGUAAGAUAAGCCAGCUUAACUGGUUGCUGCUCAUAGUGCUCAUACCAGCGUGAGAUGUAAGCCUUACUCCCAAAUGCUUACCCCAAAUGAACAGAAUUGUUUUACUCAUUCUGAUUCCCUUCAGUGGACCCUGCGUUGAACAUACUCAUGCAAGGCAGAUUCAUACAAGUGAAGGGGUGUGAGUUAGUAGCUAUCUAUUUUCUUAGUAGCAGGUAGGACAAUUUAGAAAGCCAAACUCUGACAGACUUCAAGCAGCUAGAUGUGUUUACAUAUCAGAGAAGGGUAAAGGAAGCCUUUCAUUGUCAUUGUUCUUUGGGAUGCCUUAAUCUAAAAGGAGACACUGGAAAUCAUCAUCUUUGUUUUUUUUUUUUAAGUAUUGCCAAAAUUUAGGUAAACUGUGCCAAAAAGUUUCAUUUUUUAAAUAGUAGAAAUAGUACACAAUAUAGAUUAAAACAGGUGGCAGUUUUUGGUAAAUUAACUUAAAAGCUACCAAGAAAGUAAUGCCCUUGGAAAAUAUCUAUAUUAUUGGAAUAAGAAAUUUAUAAAUAAGAUAGAAUUUUGAGGUUUUUAUGGAAAGCAGCAGUUGAAAUAUGACUGGUUGACAUAACACAGAUUAUGCUAAUGCUUAGAAUGUUAAUAAUUUGAGAGUAUUGAUUCUGUGUAGAACUGAUUUGCUAUUUUGAUCCCAUGUGGCAGCAAAAAUGUAGUGCAAAUCUACUAUUGAGUGAGCUGUGUCAAAUAUUCACUAUGUGCAAUCCUGAAUAUAUUCCCUCUUUUGAGUUGUUGUUAUUAAUAAUUACCUUAAAAAGGAGUACAUUUUAAUCUAUAUACUUCAUCAUAAAUAUAAAAGGGCUAAUGAAAAACACAUACAAAUGUUAAUAAAAUGUCACUCAAAUUAGUGCUUUGUUAAAAUGUAAUUAAUGAGCAACAUAAAGCCAAUGAAUCACA